AUGGACAAAGACAAGGACCCCAAUGCAAAGAAGAUGCCAAAGAAGAAAGGCGAGGAUGAAAGGGAGGUGCCAAAGGGGGUGCGGAAGCAGGCGGUGGAAGUGCUGCUGAAGGGCAUUCCGCGUACAGAUUGGCUACAUGACGGCAACAACUUGCUCUAUACGCGAAAGACUGUGACAGCGCUUCAAGAUCUCCGGCAAGAGGUCGAGGUUCCUCCAUCGAAACCUGGCGGAAGGCCUUUCCCGCUGACUUUGGAGGUGAGGUUCGAGGACCGUGAGAUCGAUCUUGCGUGGCUGCACGCACCGAAGGCGGACAAAAGCCUGGAUCCCGCGGAAGCUAUGGCGUCGAUGUCAGAACACCGACGCUUCGUGCAGGUGGCCAUCCGAACACUCGCGCAAGAGAGGGAGGAACUUAUUGCGCAAGGCCGCAAAGUCAUUUGCGCCGACCGCCGUCUGGUCUGCGACGCCGUGCCCUUGAAAUACGGCCGCGAGAUGUGGUUCGGCUACAUUGGCCAGGUGGAGAUCGUGAAUGGCGGGCCUGGGGUUGGUGGCCGACUCAACCCCGCACGCGCGACCUUGAGCUUGAACCUCGUGGCAUCUGUGGGUCUUCCCGACAUGUCGGUCAUUGACCUGCUGGGGAAGCUGGGCGCCAAAAAGCCUGGAGAGUGGUGGAGUGAGGAGGAAUGCAAAAAGGAUGUCGUCUGGAAUUAUUGGAACAGGCAGUACCAAACCUUGCGCGACUCACUUCAUGGAGAGCUCGGCCUGCGAAGGCUGAGAGUCAGAGCGGAAUACGGCGAGGUGAAGGUCAAGGGCAAGUUGGUGUAUGGGCUGACCGACAAGCCAGCGAAGAGUUAUCAGUUCGAAUGCGAAGAGAUGGGUGGCAAGGUGGACGUCGCCGCCUAUUUCAAGCAUAAGCACGGCCUGACCCUGCAAUAUCCUGAUCUUCCGUGUGUCCAGCUGGGAAACGCGCGAAACUGCAUUCCCAUGGAGUACAUCCAUGUCAUGGGUGGUGAGCACAAUCUGGCAGUGGGAAAGCUGCGGCCGGAAUUCCAGCAGGAGGUGACGCGCAGGACUGCCAUGCCGCCCUCCCAGCGGCGAGACCAGAUCAUGCAAGCCCUGAACAACACACAGCUAGGCCCUUCUGCCGCCCUGAAGCCAAAGGGAAUCGAUGUGGCCUUCGAGAUGCUCGCCGUUACCGGCCGGGUCUUGGAGACGCCAAAGCUGAAAGAUGGCUACGGCGCCGCCAUGAGAGAGUCCACGAACUACUCCAACAACUUCAAGAGCCUCGCGCCCCCGAAGUUCCAAGUUUCGUGGGGCCUCUGGACCUUCACGACGGGUCACAGUCCCAGUGAGAGUCACAUCAAAUGGUUCGCGGAUCAGUUGACGAAGCGGUGCUACCAGAAGGGCCUGAACUUUUCAGACGCGAAGUUUGUGGAGUGGCCAGAGGAGGCCUUCAACUCCUACUUCCGUUGCCACAAGAGCAGGGAGGCGUUCUCUCCGGACAUGGGCAAUGCGAUCCGAAAAGAUCUGAAGAGAGUGGCGGACGCCCACAAGGACCUCAAGCUGCUGGUUAUCCUGCUGGACAACAGUGAGGCAAUUACAGACCACCUCUAUAAGCUGGUCAAGCUUAUCACAGAGACCGAGAUGGGCACCUUCACCACACAGUUCGUCAAUUGCAAGAAGGGCAUUGAGGACGCAGAGAAGAAGCUCAACAACCUCAUGUUGAAGAUCACCCCAAAACUCCCGGAAAUGCCGACUGGCUGUCGGGCGGCUCACAACGUGGCACUCUCGGAGCCGCACCCGCUUCUCAGGAAGGAGGAGGCUACCAUGAUCAUGGGUGCUGACGUGACCCACAAGGUUGCCGGUAUCAGUGUGGCCGGAGUUGUGGGUUCCGUGGAUUCAAGCUACGCAUCUUACUUCCACCAGAUCCGCGGCCAAUCGCCAUACACGCUCAAUACGCUCAAGCAAAGACAUCGCCAAAGCGAAGAGCGUAUCAUUGACUUGACCAGUAUGACAUGCAACAUUCUGGAGAAGUGGAAAAGCAUGAACAACAAGCUUCCAGAGACGAUCAUCUACUACCGCGACGGCGUCUCUGACGGACAGUUCAUCAACGUGCUGAAGCGGGAGCUUAACUUGCUGGAUGAUGCCUUCAAGAAGAUCAGCACCACCUACGACCCGAAGCUGGUGAUCAUUGUGGGCCAGAAGCGCCACCAGACGCGGCUCUGGAUGCAGGAUGGCGGCCUUCAAGAGGACAAGGGCAAGGGAAAAGGAAAGGACAAGGGGAAGGACGACAAAGGCAAAGGCAAGGGCAAAGGAAAGGACACUGCGCAGGUUCCUCCUGGCACCGUGGCCAGCGAGGGCAUAGCCCAGCCAUCGCAUUUGAACUUCUUCCUGGUCUCACAGCUAGGUAUUCAAGGCACGUCAGUGCCUUGCCACUACCACAUCCUGCACAUGGACAAGCGCCUCGUGAAGAAAGGAAUCACUGUGGAUGACUUUGAAACCAUCACAUUCCAGCUGUGCCACAUGUACUCGCGAGCCGACAAAUCCGUGGGCUAUGCGACGCCGGCUUACAUGGCCGACCAUGUUUGUGAGCGCGGCAAGCACUACCUCGAGGCGAACUUCGGGUCCUCGGACGUGAUGAGCACCCACGGUUCCUCCAUGAGCGAGGAGAAGCAGGAUGAGAACCUGCGAAAGCAGAUUGAGGAAAGAACGAGCUGGCUGAACGAUCGCGCAGCGCAGAGUUCCCGCCUGAAGCUCAAUGGGCUUCAGCUGUACUGCUGA